AAUUCUAACCUGCAGAUAAUUUUGCAAUAUAAAAUUGUAAUUUUGACUGUGCAUGAAAACACGGAUUAAUCAGACUGUAGUUCACUAUUGCUGCAAGGUCUCACUGUUGAAUUUCUUUGCUGCCUUGUGUCCAAAGCUAUGUUUUAGUUAAUAAAAUUCUUGUCAAGUCUGGCCUUCAUGACAGAAUUCAGAGCAGGUCCUAUCUUCUACUCUUGGCCUUAUCUCAUUGGAGCGUCCUUCAAAAACCAUAUAAAGACCACAUCCGCACUCUGUUGCUUUGCUGUCAUUUCCAAAGACAGACAACAUGCUGCCUGCCGUUGUAAAGCUGUGCUGUGGAAUCUCUUACCCUCAUUUAAGAAGCAUGACAGGACUUCAACACACAGCUUUGGCAGUAAUAGGUCUGGAGAUCAUUGACCCGCAGCGAUGGGGACGAAUCCAACAUCACAGGAGACCACAAGCCUUUUUAAACUUUAAUGAGACCAAACCAGAACAUACAAAGCCUGCACCAGCCACAGAAGAUGAGCUGUUCUAUGUGCAACAAGGUCGAUGUGCAAUGAGCAAAGCUCUCAGCAUAUUGGAGGACAAAGAAGGAUGGAAGCAUGAGAUCACAGAGAGCAACGGCGAUGUGAUCUGUAGCAAAGUGAUGCCAGGGGCCAGGAAGGUCUUCAAGCUCGAGGCUGUCCUGGAGGCCAGUGUGGAAGAACUCUAUGACCUCCUGUUUGUCAGAGUUGAGGAGAUGCAUCAGUGGAACCCGUGUAUACAGCAAAUCAAAGUUCUAAAACAUGUUGGACCGGAAACAAUCGUCACUCAUGAUAUUUCAGCUGAGACAGCCGGCAACCUGAUUGGCCAAAGGGAUUUCCUGACUGUCAGACACAGCUGCAAACAAAAGUCCGCCGUUUUUCUCGGAGGAGAAGCGAUUCAGCUGGAGUCAUUCCCACCUCAGGCAGGCUUUGUGAGAGCCGAGGAUGGACCGACCUGUAUCAUUAUACGAGCUCUGGACGAGGAUUCAACAAAAAGCCGCUUCACAUGGCUUCUUAACAUAGACGUAAAGGGCUGGCUCCCAAAGUCCAUUGUCAAUCAAGCUUUGCCUCGAAUCCAGUUGGAUUUCACCAGACACCUCCGCAAACACCUCAGCCUGAGCUGACUGACUCUGUGAGACACCGUCACCUCAGAGGAACACCGGGGAGACGGAGGCACCGUGGUGGCCUGGCUGUUCGGCAAAACACUUUUGACAUGUGAAGAAUCAAAAGCCCAAAGAGACACUCGAUCGGCUUGGGGAGACCAACGCCAGCCUGGCCAAAGGAAGCUGGCUUACAAUAGGAAUUAAUGUCACACUGUGCUACUCAAAACUCAUUAAGAUUUACUAGUUAAGAGCCAUAACUUGUCUCUUGAUACAUGACUCCCUGCACGACUGGACAGACUUAAUAAAGUGCUUGAACGUACCUAUAUUUUCCGAUUUAUUUGCACCCAUUGCAUUAGGAAUAACAUUUUGAGGACUAUGUUAUUUGAAACA